UGGCUGUGACAUCAUUACUUCCUGAAAGUACCACUAUGGAGCUGCUGCGGCCCAUCCAGAGAAAGGACCAGGACAUCUGACUGUAAGGCAGAACUGAGGUGCCCUAAAUGCCAGAAAGAGGCAGCAGUACACAAAGAAGGGGUUGCUAAAGGUCAUAACUAUAAAAGCAGUCCCAAUCUGUUGACCUUUGAACCACCAUGGCUCAGUUUGGAGGACAGAAGAAUCCCCCACCUUGGGCCACCCAGUUUACAGCAACUGCUGUGUCACAGCCAGCUCCCCUAGCUGUCCAGCAGCCAUCAUUGCUUGGGGCAUCUCCCACCAUUUAUACACAACAGUCUGCACUUGCAGCAGCUGGCCUCACCUCGCCUUCUCCAGCAAACUAUCAGCUAACCCAGACAGCUGCUUUGCAGCAACAGGCAGCAGCCGCUGCAGCUGCUGCUGCUCUUCAGCAGCAAUAUACCCAGCCCCAGCAGACAAUAUACAGCGUGCAACAGCAGCUGCAGCAACCCCAGCAGGCGAUAUUAACUCAGCCUGCUGUAGCUUUACCCACAAGCCUUGCGCUGUCCACUCCCCAACAGGCUGCCCAGAUAACCGUUUCAUAUCCAACACCAAGGUCAAGCCAGCAGCAGACUCAGCCUCAGAAGCAAAGAGUAUUCACAGGGGUUGUUACCAAGCUCCAUGAGACAUUUGGAUUUGUGGAUGAAGAUGUAUUUUUUCAGCUUACAGCUGUUAAAGGAAAGUCACCCCAAGCUGGUGAUCGGGUGUUGGUGGAAGCCACUUACAAUCCCAAUAUGCCAUUCAAAUGGAAUGCACAGAGGAUCCAGACUCUUCCAAAUCAGAAUCCAGCUCCAGCUCAGCCUUUGAUAAAGAAUCCUCCUACUGUCAUGCAGCCUGUUGCACAACCUGCUGCAUAUGCGGUUCAGACUCAGCCACCUCCUCAAGCACAAACUCUUCUUCAGGCUCAGAUAUCCGCUGCCACACUCACCCCUUUACUUCAGACCCAGCCACCUCCUCUCUUACAACAACCACAGCAGAAAGUUGGGUUAUUACAGACACCUGUUCGCAUUGUGUCACAACCACAGCCUGUGAGACGAAUUGAGCCUCCAUCCAGAUUUUCUGGUAGAAAUGAUAGAGGUGAUUCAAUAUCAAGCCGGAAGGAUGAGAGAAACCGUGAUAGAGAUAGAGAGAGGCGUAGAUCCCGCGAUAGAUCCCCUCAGAGGAAAAGAUCACGAGAAAGAUCUCCACGGCGAGAAAGGGAAAGGUCACCAAGGAGGCCGCGAAGGGUUGUACCUCGAUACACUGUUCAGUUUUCCAAGUUCUCUUUGGACUGCCCAGGUUGUGACACAAUGGAGCUCAGAAGGCGUUACCAGAAUCUCUACAUUCCUAGUGAUUUCUUUGAUGCUCAGUUCACAUGGGUUGAUGCGUUUCCUAUCUCACGCCCAUUUCAGCUGGGCAAUUACAGCAACUUUUAUAUUAUGCAUAAGGAAGUGGAUCCUCUGGAGAAAAACACUGCCAUUGUGGACCCUCCUGAUGCUGAUCAUACAUACAGUGCUAAGGUAAUGCUGUUAGCAAGUCCUUCCUUGGAAGAAUUAUAUCAUAAGUCUUGUGCUCUUGCUGAGGAUUCUGUAGAAGUUCGGGAAGGAUUUCAGCAUCCUGCAAGAUUAAUAAAGUUUUUAGUUGGAAUGAAAGGUAAAGAUGAGGCUAUGGCAAUAGGAGGACACUGGUCUCCUUCCCUUGAUGGACCUAAUCCAGAUAAAGACCCUUCUGUACUCAUCAGGACAGCUGUCCGCUGUUGUAAGGCCCUGACUGGCAUAGAGCUGAGCUUGUGCACCCAGUGGUACCGUUUUGCAGAGAUUCGCUACCAUCGCCCUGAGGAGACCCACAAGGGGCGUACGGUUCCUGCUCAUGUGGAGACAGUGGUUUUAUUUUUCCCGGAUGUUUGGCAUUGCCUUCCCACCCGCUCAGAGUGGGAAAACCUGUGCCGUGGAUACAAGCAGCAGCUGGUCGACAAGCUUCAGGGUGAUCGCAAGGAAGCUGAUGGAGAACAGGAGGAAGAGGAUAAAGAAGAUGGUGAUGCAAAAGAAAUUUCUACUCCUACUCAUUGGUCAAAGCUUGACCCAAAGAUAAUGAAGGUAAAUGAUCUUCGCAAGGAACUAGAAAGUAGAACCCUUAGCUCUAAAGGUCUGAAAUCUCAACUCAUUGCUCGCCUAACAAAACAGCUACGUAUAGAGGAACAAAAAGAGGAGCAGAAAGAACUUGAAAAAUGUGAGAAAGAAGAGGAAGAGGAGGAAGAAAGAAAGUCUGAGGAUGAUAAAGAGGAAGAAGAGCGAAAGCGCCAAGAGGAAUUGGAACGCCAGAGGCGUGAAAAGAGAUAUGUGUUGCCUGAUGAGCCAGCAAUUAUUGUGCAUCCAAACUGGGCUGCAAAAAAUGGAAAGUUUGAUUGCAGCAUUAUGUCCUUAAGUGUUCUGUUAGACUACCGAAUAGAGGACAAUAAGGAGCAUUCAUUUGAGGUAUCACUGUUCGCUGAACUAUUUAACGAAAUGCUCCAAAGGGAUUUUGGAGUGCGUAUAUACAGGGAGCUUUUAUCUCUCCCUGAGAAAGAGGAGAAGAAAGACAAGGAGAAAAAAUGUAAGAAAGAAAACAAACUAGAAAAAAAAGAGGAUAAAGAUGAAGAUGAUGAGCCAAAGCCUAAACGAAGGAAAUCAUCAGAGGACAAGAUAAGGUUGGAGGAGAAGGAGGAAAGAAAGAGAGAUGACAGGAGAAAAGAGGAUUACAGGGAUGAAGAUGAUCUGGAUUAUGAGAACCAAGAUGACUAUGAACCAAUUGCAGCAGAAGAAGAUGAUGGUGAUUAUGAUGACAGAGAGGAGGAUGAUGAUGACUCCAGCAGCAAGGACAAGCGGGAAGACAAAAGGGAUGGCAACAGAUAUAGCAAAGAGCGGCAAUCCAAAGAUAAGGAAAAGGAUAAGAAGCAGAUGGUUACAGUUAACAGAGAUCUUCUGAUGGCAUUUGUCUACUUUGACCAAAGUCAUUGUGGCUACCUGCUGGAAAAGGAUUUAGAGGAGAUUUUAUACACUCUUGGCUUACACCUCUCACGUGCUCAGGUAAAAAAGCUAUUUACUAAAAUAUUGCUGAAAGAAUCGUUGCUUUACCGUAAGUUGACCGAUACAGCGACCGAAGAUGGAAGUCAUGAAGAGACUGAUACCUUCCACUAUGAUAUUCUAGGCAAUUGCUCCCUACUCCCAUCAAAAACUGCAAGAACUGGAUUGUCAGCAACAGAAGACAAAGGAGGAUUAAUUGUAUAUAAAGGUGCAAUGGUGGACAUUGGAAGCCUGCUGCAGAAGCUAGAAAAGAGUGAAAAAACAAGGACAGAAUUAGAACACAGACUUCAGACACUCGAAUCCAAAACAGAGGAAGAUGAAAAAACGAUAUCCCAACUGGAAGCAUCUAAUAAAAAUUUGUCCGAGGAACUAAAACAGACAAAAGAUGAUCUCGGGCACUUAAAGGAUAGUUUGAAAGCAGCAGAAGACAAAAGCUCUUUGUACGAAGACCAACUAACUAAUACCAUCAAAAAUUUGUCAGCAGCCAUGGAAGAAAUCCAGGUGGUUUUAAAUAAGAAUCCAUCUACAACAGAGGAUCAGAAAUCAAAAGAAAAUGGAUCAAGUUAACUUUUGCUUUAUGCUGGUCAAGAAAAGUCCUUUGUUAAUAACGUAUUGCAUAAUGAUAAGUCUGGGGCAACUGGACUGUUACUGAGUCCAUUUAUUUUAGACUUUAUCACUAUAUAAUGACCUGGAUGAAUAGAAACCUUCAACAUUUGUAUUAUAAAUCAAUGCCAGUGCGAGAGAGAGUGUGCAAUAACUGUUAUUUAAUUGGGAAGAUGUAUAAAGUUUUAUGAGUGCGUGAGAGUGCCUGUAGGGAUUGCCUGUAACUCAUAGAGUAAAACACAAACUGCCUUGUAGAAAAUGUUAAAAUAAAUGGUAAUUAAAUUAAGAAGUGAAAAAAAAAAAAAAUAGACUAGUCUAAUAGAUGAAUAUUUCCACACUGAGACAUGCAUUAAGCAUGGGGAUUAUUAGAUGUUAGGGAUACACCAAAUCCAGAAUUGUUUAAAGGCAGAAUAACUAAUCCUAAAAAUUGCAUCAAUUAUGAACAAAAAAUUGUUGUGUUCAGUCGGUCAGAGCUUUAAAAUCACAUGAGCUUUAUCUGGCUUUGGUUCUACUGGACACAUUGGGGUGAAUCCAAAUCCUGCAUAACGUUCUUUGAUUCAGUAGAACCCUGGAUUCUGUGUAUCACUAUUUGAUAUGAAGUAUUUUUUCUGGCUUUUUUUUUUUUUUAAACUGUGAAUAGUGAGUUCCCCUAAUUGUUUUUUCACCCCAUCCCUUUAAACCUGCAAUCUAGAGUAGUUUUACAAAAGCAAUAAAUGAAUUGAUUUGGGAAAAUAUAUUUAAGGACAUAAUGAAAUAAGUACAAUGUGCUCUUUGGGGAGUAGAAAUCAUUUUUAAUAGGUGUUUUUGGUUCAGAGGUUAAAGUCCGUAUUCUUGACCAAAUGCCAGAAAAAAUGAAUGAAAGCCACAUACUGAGAAAGUUGUUUCUUACAUUUUAUUUACAUUAAAAGAUUUUUUUUGGCUGGUUAAUUGGGCCUUUAACAAUAAACAGACAAAGAGUUCA